CUUUCGGCCAAAAAGUGUGUAGCUAACAGGCGUAAGAACUGAGCGUGAUGGUGUCCUGCACUGUGCUCCGUUGUUUUUGCCUUACCCUUAUGUUUGUUCUUGUUGCGCUUGCUUCAAAUGGGUGCAAAUUUCCCAGUGAACUGGAGAAUGAACAAAAGAGCCUGAAAAGCAAGUUUAAGGAGCUUAAGGAUAACUUGACGAACACCCGCUCAGCAAUAAAGGCAAAGGAAAAGGAAAAUCUGUUGACCAAAAAGAUACUACUGGAAAAGAUGCAGGCAAUCACCACCAACAUUGUGGCCUUGGAAAAUGAUACUCAAGAUUUCAUGGACAAACUGGAAAAUUUCUGUGAUGUCUGCCCAAAAGAUCGUUGCCAGUCCAUUUUGAAUCGGAAUAAUAACCGCCUGGAGCGAAUGAAGAAAUUUGGAGAUAUGAUUAAGGAGCGAUACGACAAAAUAGACGCCGAGGAGUCUGGUCAGACAUCUUUGGAAUUGAUGUCACCUUUGCCACUUAGCUGUCAGCUAAGUUUUAUGUUGUAUGGUCAUUACAAAUAA